GCGUGCGUCUUGCGUCACGCCGCAGUGGGCGUGGCCGAACCCCGACAAAGAAACAGGAAAUGUGUCAUGUCACUCCUUUUUUACCAACUCACCGGCUUCAUUUAGGCCCCCGAAACUUUAACACCGACACCCGGACACCACAAUGCUCUCACCGAGGUUCCUGCGGCUGCGGUCGGCUGCGUCGUUGACCACGCGGUCGCUCUGUGCAGGGGGCGUGUCCAAGCCGGGCAGGGCGCCGGACAUGGUGGAAGGAAAUCCACUUUUACAUGUGUCAAAUGUGCGAAACAGGCUGAGAGAAAUCGUGGGAGCUUCCACUAACUGGAGUGACCACCAGCAGGCCAUGGCGGAGCGCGUGUCGUUGUCGUCCAUGUUGGCGAAGUCUCAAAACGACCUCCCAGCCAAGAAGAUGAAGGACAGCGAACUGGAGGUUCACCUGCCUCUGGGCUCCGAGCCACAGCUCCGAGAGAAAUACCUCACCUUCCACAACACUGUCAGGUUUGGUAGAAUCCUGGAGGACUUGGACAGUUUAGCAGUCCUCAUCUCUUACUCUUACACACAUAAUCCGGCACUGAAGAGGUCUCCGCUGUCCAUCGUCACUGCCCUGGUAGAUAAGAUCGACAUGAGGCAGCACAUCAUCUAUCCUGACUGCGACAUCAAGUUCACCGGUCAGGUGACGUGGGUGGGAAAGACCUCUAUUGAAGCCAAGAUGCACAUGUCACAGUACCGUGAUGGAGCUUACGCCCCGGUGCUGGACGCAACAUUUGUUAUGGUGGCCCGAGAUCCAGAAAACAAAAGAGCAGCUUUUGUAAAUCCACUGAAGCCAGAAGGUCCAGAGGACGAGAAACUCCUCCAGGAAGGAGAAGCUAAUAAAUCCCGCCGUGUGGAGCUCAGCACCGCGUCGCUGCUGAAGGUGGCUCCUACAGACGAGGAGAGGAAGAUCGUUCACAGUCUGUUCCUCAACACGCUGGACACAAAGACGGUCAGUUUCCGCAGCAGAGUUCUGCCUCCAAACUCAGUGUGGAUGGAAGAUGCCAAACUGAAAGGACUUGAGAUCUGCCACCCUCAGGAGAGGAACAUCUUCAACAGGAUAUUUGGAGGUUUCCUGAUGAGGAAAGCCUACGAGUUGGGCUGGGCCAACGCCUGCUCCUUCGGAGGGUGUCGGCCGAGUCUGGUGGCUGUUGAUGAUAUCCUCUUCCAGAAACCUGUAGAGAUCGGCUCCCUGCUGCUGCUCUCGUCGCAGGUGUGUUACACGCAGGGGAAGUACAUCCAGGUCAGAGUUCACAGCGAGGUGUUCGACCCGCUGUCACGCCAGCACAACACCACCAACGUCUUCCACUUUACCUUCGCUUCAGACCGAGACGUCCCCAACAUCAUUCCCAACACAUAUGGAGAGUCCAUGUUGUACCUGGACGGGAAGAGACACUUUAAUCAGACCGUGGAGCACUGAGCUCUGAGAGCAACAUGUCUACUGCCUGCCAAAGCCUUUCAGCAUCAAGUCAACGUCCGUCCUGAGUGAUCCAGUCAUCUACUGGACCACUUACUCAACUGACAUCCUCUGUGAUAGUAGAAGAAGAAGAAGAAGAAGAAGACACAACUACAGGCAGAAUGGAUUAAACACUCUCUAAUUUCCAUGUGGUUCGCUGUGAUGUAAAUUACACGUUUGAGCUCGUGACCUGCCGAUGUUAGCAGCAGACUGUCUGUUUCAAAUGAUCCAACCACUGAACCAGUAACCACAAUCUCACCAGACUUCCUUAACAAAUCGUGCAAUUUUAGUUGUUGAUGAGUGUGAAGAAACUUAACAAAAUUUGUGAAAUGGCUACAACAGAUUCUAAAUCAUUGGUGCCUUCUUGUACCAUCAGCUUAAUUCCUCGUAAAAAGUGUCAGUUUGUAGUAGUAUGGCUACACAAAACAGAAAAUUUACUUCUUUGUUGUCCACAGAAAAUCCCCAAACUCCCUUUAAAAAUCGCUCAGUUUUGUGAGUUUUUGAGUGGGGAAACUCUUAUAAACUUUGUGAAACACUGUUUCUGACAAAUUCUUAAUUAUUUAGGCUUUUUUGUUAAUUCAGCAGAUGUUAUUAAGUUCUAUCUUCCUUUGUGUGCAGAAUAUUGUGCCCAUUCGUCACAGUGAUGUACAUGUUUAUCUGCAUAUAGAGCAAGAGGCCAAUGGAAACGAAUAUUCUGCCAGGUGUGAACUGACACAGUCCACUUGUGAUCGGAUCACUCAGGAUGAUGUUAAUACCAGGUGUGAAAGGGUGUGUGAGCAGUCAGUUUAGAAGAAUGAAUGCAGUUUAAAUCUGAUAUACUUUUUUAAAGUAUAUUGUUAAAUUUACACAACCUUGUGGUGACCUGAUUCCUGUUUUCUUUAUUUCUUCUGGUCGUUUACAUUUUGGUCUUUAAGUUGAAAACUACAGUACAGCAGAAAUAAGUUUUUUUACACUCAUUUAUAUUUUAUUACACUUAGUUUGACAGUUAUGACUACAAGAUGGUUUGUUUGACAACCAGUGAGCGUUUACAGCUUCACCGACAUGAAGCAAACGUUUGGGUUCCUGGCCUCGUCGUGACCUCAGAUAUUCUUGUUUCGCAUGUUACAUUUUUUUAUAAUCCACUGUCGCUUAUACGCACAAAACUUUUUGACUUUUCUUUGUUAUGUUGAAUGGGCAACUUUAUUCUGGAUGUGUCAGACUGCUACAAGAGGAAGGAGGGUUUCCAUUGUUUCUGGCUUUAAAUCAUAUAUUUACUCAGAUGCAAUAAAUGAAUUAUUUAUCUUGA